AUGGGCCCCGCCGCCCGCCCCGCGCUGAGGCCGGCCCCCCCGCCCGCGCAGCCGUCGCCGCUGCUGCUGCUGCUGCCGCUGCUGCCGCUCUGGCUGGGCCUGGCGGGGCCCGGGGCCGCGGCGGACGGCAGCGAACCCGCGGGCGGGGGCGCGCGGGGAGGGGCCCGCGCCGUGCGGGUGAGCGUGAGGUUGCCGCGGCAGGACGCGCUGCUCCUGGAGGGAGUCAGGAUCGGCCCCGAGGCCGACCCGGCGCCCCAGCUGGGCGGCCGCCUGCUGCUGGUGGACAUCGUGGAUGCCGAGCAAGAGGUGCCCAUAGAAGGCUGGAUUGCAGUGGCUUACGUGGGCAAGGAGCAGGCGGCCCAGUUCCACCAGGAGAGUCAGGGCGGCGGCCUGCAGGCCUAUCCCAAGGCCCUGAUCCAGCAGAUGCGGAGGGCGCUCUUCCUUGGAGCCUCUGCCCUGCUCCUCCUCAUCUUGAACCAUAAUGUGGUCCGAGAGCUAGACAUAUCCCAGCUUCUGCUCCGGCCGGUGAUCGUCCUCCAUUAUUCUUCCAAUGUCACCAAGCUGUUGGAGGCACUGCUGCAGAGGACCCAGGCCACAGCUGAGAUCACCAGUGGAGAGUCCCUGUCGGCCAACAUUGAGUGGAAGCUGACCCUGUGGACCACCUGUGGCCUCUCCAAGGAUGGCUAUGGAGGAUGGCAGGACUUGGUGUGCCUGGGAGGCAGUCGUGCCCAGGAGCAGAAGCCCCUGCAGCAGCUGUGGAACGCCAUCCUGCUAGUGGCCAUGCUCCUGUGCACAGGCCUCGUGGUCCAGGCCCAGCGGCAGGCAUCAAGGCAGAGCCAGCAAGAGCCCGGAAGCCAGGUGGACCUGCUCAAGCGCCGCGUGGUGCAGAGACUGGCAUCCCUGAAGACCCGGCGCUGCCGUCUGGGUAGGGCCGCGCAAGGUCCCCCAGAGCCUGGGGCUGAGACCUGCGCUGUGUGUCUGGACUAUUUCUGCCACAAGCAGUGGCUCCGGGUGCUGCCCUGUAAGCAUGAAUUUCACCGAGACUGUGUGGACCCCUGGCUCAUUCUCCAGCAGACCUGCCCGCUGUGCAAAUUCAAUGUCCUAGGGAACCGAUAUUCAGAUGAUUAGCCUCCCCGACUGGGUCUCUGCAUGUGGGGAUGGGACCCCUCCCGUCUGCACCCUGGCCCUCGGCCUGGGCGCCUGAAACAGGACAGCAGAAUGGAAAGAACAGGAUGGGAGGAUGAAGAAGGGCCCGCCCCUGUUGAGGGGCGAGAUGCCCUACCCCAUCCACACUGGGAAGGAGGAGCCACUGCCUCCAGGCCGGGAUGCUGGGCCCAGACCUGCCAGUCACAGAGGAGAAGUCACCUUGGGACCCCUGUGCAGUCCUGGGGUGUCUGUGUCUGCUGUCCUUGCAGGCAGCUCCCAGAACCCUGAGCAAGGACCUGGGAAAAGAGGGUGUGGGGCAGUGCAGUUGUUCCCAGGGCUCUAGGCGCUGUGGCCUGCCUGUCCGGGCACCCCUGGGGCUGAGGAUGUAGUGGUUGGGUUUUGUGAUUAUUUAUUGGGUGGGGAGGGGUUGGGGGAGGAGCUGCCUGGUCAUGGGGGCACCUUGACCUGGCCAUUUUUCAGGACAUACCUUGGUCAAGACUAUGGCCCUCCACAGUCUGCUGCCCUCGGACCUUGGGCACUGGGAGCCAUAGCUCCCAUUGCCUGUCCUGCCGGGCCGGGCCCAGAGCCUUAGAAACCACCGGUCCUGUGCUUCUCGGUGGGGCUGCAGGUUGCUGACCAGGAUACUUGAAGCCACAAGUCAUUGUGGUGCAUCUUCCAGGGGCAUCAUUUUUUAGAACACUUGGGAUGGGGAGGUUUAAUAUGAAAUAAACAUGGAUAUAUUUUACAUAAGACACCGUAACAUUCGUGUAGAUGUGUUAAGAUGAACACGUUGGCUUGGGCUCUACUGCUGGUGGGAGGUGGAUUCUAAAAUGCCCCCCGAGAUCUCCCUCAGCCCCCGUGAAUGUGCCUUCUGUAAUCUUGCGACUGUGACUCCAGUGGCUUUUACACGAUUAGGUGAUGUUACACGACAUGCACAGUUGCCCCCGGGGUGGGGGAGGCUCACAGGUGGGCCUGCCCUAAUCAGGUGAGCCGGGUGCAGGCAGGGUUUUCUCUGAUGAGUGGUAGAAGAGGCAAUCUGAAGAAAUUUGAAGGGAAUUAUAAAUCUCUCAGACUUGGAGGUGGGGAGGCCAUGUGCUAGUCAGCAGGAAAUAGACAUCAGUGUACUACUCCAGGAAUCGGAAUUCCGCCAACAAUAAGUGAGCUUACAAGUGACGUCUCCAGAGAUGUCAAAAGGGACUGCAACCUGGCAGACACUUUGAUUUCAGCCUUCUAAGACCCUGAGUGAGAAUCUAGUCAUAGGCAUGGACGUCUGACCUGCACAACUAUGAGCUAAUGAAUGCAGAGAGGAGCUGA